CUUGGACAAGCGACCUUCAAGUUAACGAACGUUCACAGGGUGCAGAAGCUGUUGGUGCUCUCGUCAGUAUGGCCGACAGCAAGGAUGAAAACGAUGCGAUAUCUGCACUCACCGGAUUCUCACUCAACCAUCUUCUCGAUGGCAUGUCGCUGCCUAGCGGUUCAGGCCUCUCUAAUCAACUUGGAAUUUCCGGUCUGCCAAGUUUGAACUCUAGCCAGAUUUACAACGAGAGCUAUGAUGAUGAUGAUGAUGAGGCCAUCGGGAAUGAUCAGGGCGAAGAUUGGGAGGCCCAAAUUGACCAAGAGAUGCAGGAGGAAGACAUGGAAUCCCCGGCGGCCAAGACAGAGCUUCACUCUCCAGAUGUCGUAAGACGGAAACAGAGGCGAGUGCGCAUAGUGAAGCGACUUAUGGAGAGACCCAAAAGUGUGCACGAACGAUUCCCGGCGUUUCAGAAAGACAAGAUACUCGAUUUCAGUGAACUGUUCAAAGGGAACACGGUGAACAAGUCGAGACUCGCCAAGAGGCCUUUUCAUAUCGAAACUGUGUAUCCCCGAAGGAAGGAGGUACCCAAGGCAUUCCUUGAAGCAGUCGUAGGCGACACGAAGCGGCAAGUCGAGAAUAAGCGUGUUGAGGCCGUUGUUUCUGCUGGAAGUAUCGAAGUAGAUCUUCGAAAGGCUCUUGAGGAACGUGACAAAACAAACGUUCCUAUAUCAUUACCCCUUCAUGAUCGAAGCUUCGACCUCGUUCUGUUGUCGAAUUGGGAGGACCAAAUCAUAUACGAGCCGGAGAACACGUUCUCGCGCAGUAUCAGCCUCCCGGAGAAUAACCUUACGACACCAGUAAACAAAGCGUUAGAAUCCGGUGCAUGGACACAAAGUAUUAUAUGGAGUCCUCGCGCACCAUUCCGUGAUUUCACCCAGCUAGAAUUCAAUCAUGAAGAUGACGUUAUCCCAGAAGACAGAACAGCUGAAAUGGCCAGGCCUCGGAAGAGGCUCAGAACCGACGCAGGCAUUCGUGACAAGUUCAAUCUAUCAAACGACCACUUUUAUGAGAUUUCCAAAGACGGUCGCCAUCGCGUCCGUCAAACCUUUGGUCAACUAUCUGUGGAGCAUGCCUAUCCUGCACAGAAAUUGCAGCUGCCGUUCUACAAGACUCGGCUGUCAAAACAAGAAGCCCGCUCUUUCCAUCGCCCAGCUCUACAGUUUCCUUCAAAUAUCGAAUUACGGUUCAGCAAGGUUCGCACUGCUAAGAAAAAGAAGGAUAAAGCUGGUCGGCGAUUGGGAAAAGGUGGAAAUGUUGGAGAGGGUCUACAUACCACCAGCGAUCUCAGCCUUCGAGACACCAGCAACUUUGUUCUCUGGGAGUACUCGGAAGAACAUCCUCCUAUAAUAUCCAACUUUGGCAUGGGCAGUGCGCUGGUAAAUUAUUACAGGAAGAAGGAUGAGAAGGAUGAACAUAUACCCAAGUUUGACUUGGGUGUUCCCUUCGUUCUUGAACCUCAAGAUGAUUCUCCGUUCAUGAAAUUUGGAUACGUCUACCCAGGUCAAACAAUGCCUGCAUUGUACAACAACUUACUCCGGGCACCUCUUUUCCGACAAAAGCCUUAUCCUACUGAUUUCCUCAUCAUCCGCCAUACCGUCAAAGGUGAUACAAAGUAUUUCAUCCGGGAGAUCAAAAAUCUCUUUGUCGUGGGACAGACGUAUCCGGUCACCGAAGUUCCGGGGCCACAUUCUCGCAAAAUCACAAAUACAAUCAAGUACAGACUGCAGAUCAUCGCGUUCAAGCUGCUCCGAAAGAGUCAAGAGGAACGGCUGAAGAUAUCAAGGCUGAUGAAGUACUUUCCUGAUCAGAAUGAGCUGCAGAUGCGGCAAAGACUGAAAGAAUUCAUGGAAUAUCACCGUCGGGGACCACAUCAGGGAUUUUGGAGGCUGAAGCCCAAUUUAUCCAUUCCAAGUGAUGCUGAGAUGCUGAAGAUGGUAGGGCCGGAGCAGGUUGUCCUUACAGAGAGUAUGCAAGUUGGCCAACGGCACUUGCAGGACUCUGGUUAUAGUCAAACUGCGGAUGCAGCGGAUGGCGAUGAGUCGAAUCUUUCGGUGGAGCAGCAGUUGGCGCCAUGGAUCACAACAAAGAACUUUUUGUUUGCUACCCAGGCGAAGGCAAUGCUAAGGUUGCAUGGUGAGGGCGAUCCAACGGGAAGAGGGGAGGCUUUUAGCUUUAUCCGGAUAUCGAUGAAGGAGAUAUUUGUAAAAGCGGGGGAAGAUUAUGAGCAGAAAAUGGCCGAGGCUGAGAAUCGGCCAAAGUCUGCCCACCGUUAUAACGUCGCGGAGCAACAGCAAAUAUAUCGAUCUGAGAUUGAACGGAUAUGGAAGGCUCAGUUCGAUUCGCUGAGUCGGAAGGACGAGCCAGUGUUGACGGAGGAGGACAAGAGAAGAUACAAGGAAAAUGAAAAAGAGGCGCAAGCCAAGAAGGCGCUCAAUCCCUACCUGUCUGGAUUUGCGGCUACCGCGGCUCCUGGCUCGCCUGCUCCUGGACCCAGUCGAACCUCGUCUGUCGAGCGUGAUAUGAGUUUAGGACCUGACGGGGGCCGGCGAGUGCUGAGGAUCAAGCGGUUGAUGGAUGGGGAGUGGCAAACGGAAAUUAUUCGAGACCCGGGCGUUAUACGUGCUUAUGUGCGAGGGAAGCAGCUCCUGGAGGAAGAGGCAACAAUGGCUGACAGCCUAGCUCCCACAGGAGAUGCAGAUAAGGAUAAACGGGCGAAGAAGAGACUCGAAGAGGAAAUCGCCAGGAUGAAAAAGAACCAAGAGAGACGGUUACAUAGGAAGAAUGCGAAGAUCGUGAAGGAGGGUGGGACGCCGAUGACUCUGAAUAGACCUUUGAAACCUGAUACAACACGGAGAUGUGGGCAUUGUGGGCAGAUGGGGCAUAUGAAAACGAACAGGAAAUGUCCCAGGUGGGCAGAGUUCAACAGUGGUGCUGCACCUGUGGCGGCACCGGGACCUGCCGGGAGUCCUCCUCCUCCCACGACCAACACACCCAAUCUCGGGUUUAAUACGCCUUUUGCGCCGUCGCCUUUGGCUACUAGUACGUCUGCACAAGAGGUAGAGGAGCCUGCGGCGUCGAAACCUAAAAUCAGGUUUACCAUAAAGAACAGGGGUUGAAAUACUUAUUAUGUAAAAGUAUAGCGGACGGACAUUUUAUAUACCAUGCUAUAUUUCUAUUGUACUCUCGGAAAAUAUUGGCUGUUUCCAUUGUGUAGACCUCUGCGCAGUGUGACUACUACGACUGUUGCUACUACACACUUGCACAUAUGAGAAGAGU